CUUGUGACUGCUCCCGAGCCGGCCCCGAGCUGCAGCCGCGGUCCCGAGCCGCGCCGCGGGCACCGGAACGUCCCAUGGCCGCACCGCCGCGCGCUGCGCCCCGCUGAGCUCCGCGGGCACCGGCGGCGGUCGCGCUCCUCCCGCCGAGGAAGCAGAGCAUCGUCCACCAUGGUCCGGUGCUGGUGGCUCGCCGGGCUGCUCGUAGUGCACGCGGUCGCGGAGCGCUCGCUGCGCUGGGAGCCGCGGUGCCGGCAGCAGCUCCGCCACCUGCAGGACGGCGCCAGGAUCGAGGCGCGGCUCCCGCCCCGCCUGGAGGGCCAUUGGGUCUCCACCGGGUGUGAGGUGCGGCCGGGGCCGGAGUUCCUCACCCGCUCCUACCUUUUCUACGCCAACCGCCUCUUCAAGGCCUUCCAGUUCUACUACUGGGACCCGUCCUGCCGCGAGCCCUCCUACUCGCUGGUCAUCAAAGGCAAGCUGCGGCUGCGCCAGGCCUCGUGGAUCACCCGCGGGGCCACGGAGGCCGACUACCACCUGCACAAGGUGGGCAUCGUUUUCCACAGCCAGAAGGCCAUGCGGGAGGCGGCCUCCCGCAUCGACCGAAGCUCGGACGAGGGCUGCGGCGGUUUCCUGCCCCCGGGCCGCGCCUGGAGCCCCGGAGCGCUCUACGAACUGCUGAGCGCCAAAACCGAGCGUGACUGCACCGCGGCUCUGGGCUUCGCCAUGCACGAGCUGAGCCUGCUGCGGGUGGAGGCGCACCACCAGCCCCUGCCGGGGCCGCAGCAGAGCGGCAGCAGCCUGGUGGAGGAGCUGUACCUGGGAGACAUCCAUACGGACUGGCCGGAGCGGCUGCACUACCGCCCGACGGGCUACCAGCGUCCGCUGCAGAGUGCCGUGCACCACAUGCAUCCCUGCCCGGCCUGCGGCGCUAUCUACAGAGCUGACGAGCACCACCCGCCCAUCCUGCCUGCCCAGGUCGAGCUGCCGGUGCAGCUGAGCGGCAGCUGGGUGAGCACCCGCUGUGAGGUGCGUCCUGCCGUGCUCUUCCUCACUCGGUACUUCAUCUUCCAUGGCAGUAACCACACCUGGCAGGGCUACUACUACCACUACUCCGACCCGCUCUGCAAGCAGCCCACUUUCACCAUUUACGCAUCCGGGCGUUACACCCAGGGCGUCCCCUCCUCCAAGGUGAAAGGGGGCACGGAGCUGGCUUUCAAAGUCACACAAGCACGGGUGACGCCCAUGGAUCAGGUGACGGUGAUGAUGCUGAACUCCUCCGAACCGGGGAGCUGUGGGCUCGCAAGCUCCUGGAGUGCCGGCGUGGAGCAGGAUAUAACGCCAACCAACGGCUGCUUGGCUUUGGGCAUCAGGCUGCCCCACACGGAGUAUGAGCUCUUCAGAACAGAGCACGACCCCAAGGAGCGCAGCCUGCUGUAUGUUGGUGAGAGGCCCACGGAUGGAUCCAGCCCUGACCGCCCCGACAAGCGGCCCACGUCCUACCAGGCGCCCCUGGUUCAGUGCGCGGGUGCAUCAGAGGAGUUCCCUAGCUACUAUAGUCUGAAACAUGUGGGGAAAGAGGGUGCUAAUGGCAGUGAAGAACUGAAACCUCUGCCUGUGGCCCUCUUACUGUUGAUAGCAAUGCAGGUGCUAAGAUGGGACUAGCUCUCUAUUCAGGUACAGCACAGAACCCAGAUAGUCUUGGUGCUAAUAUGAUUUUUGUAACUUCCAACUGAGCACAUCUGGAACCAGUUUUACUUAAGACUUGGAAACACUUUAAAAGAAAAAAAAAGAAGGCAAAAAACAAAGAACGCUGAAUGAAGCCAAGAAGAUGUGCCUGACCACGUACUGCCUGAUGGCUUUGUUGCCUCAUCUCCCCUCCUCUUUGCAUACCAACGUAAUGUAGUGACAUGGAUGCACUGCACAUUGCAAUCAGUACUUCAGCAAUGAGGGGAAAAAGAGCAUCAGUUGCAACUGAUGCUUUGAGCUUCUGGCACUGCUAAGAUUUAAUCAAGGGCUUAGUUCAGAUGUAAUUCAAACAUCCAGAGUGUCAGCUGCUGAGUUUUUUUGAGGUUAAGCUCCCUCCGCCACAGUCCUUAUUGCUGUUUGUGCAAAUUUGAUCUGCGGUGUCCAUCAGCACCAGAUACAGUGUCAGCAAGUGCUCUCACUAAGGACACAGCUAACGAUGCCUCUCAGUUUAUACAUGUUUUCUGCAGUUUUCACAUGUACAUACAUGUGGAGAUGCAGAGCAGCAACCCCAGAGCAUCACCUGAAAGAAAAGCUACAGUAAAUAGAAGAGGCUCCUGUGCAUAGUGGUGCCAACUCCCAGCAUUCUGUAGCUGCAGACACUGCAUCCUUGCUGCACUAUUUUGGCACUGCCAACCGCAGCUCCCACCCACAGGCAGUGAGCAAAGCAGAAGAUCACUCAGGUCUUCUCAGGCUGUAUAUUUUCACUGUCUCCUCUUCUAAGUGCAUUGGCUGUUAAUCCAGCUGUCGUAUCAGUUGGAAUGUCACUGCCAGCCCCGUUCACUUGAAGAUGGUUUAUAAAUCUGCCUGCAGUGAACAAUGCGCUGAGGAGACGAGUCUGAGCAGCACUGUCAGACUGUCCAGAGCUCUGCUGGCAAGAAGGAGAGAGUAAGAAAUUACAUUCCCUUUGCUGCAGCCAAGAAGCAUAUAACAUACCUGGGGAAGACCUCUUCCCAGUAGCUAAAUCCCCUCCAAAUAAGCCUAUAUAUCUUACAAGGGAUAUUUUUGUUAAACCAUCUAUGCAAUAGCUACUUCUUAAUGCUGUUUUUACAAACUUGCAGCUUGUACUUAAAUAAUUUAUGGGUUUUAUAGCAUCAAAGUACUUUUUGGGGGGAACUGUACAUUAAUAAUUCAGAUGAGAUGCUUAUUAAAUGCAUACAGUUGUGACACAGAUGUUGUCAGCAUGUUCACAUGUGCCAGGCCCGCGUAAGCAGCCACAUCUCUGAUGUGCACAGUGGCCAAACUCGGCUCGUCUGCCUUCAAUGCCAUCAGUGGAGGCUGCUCCAGGGUUCAGCUCAGCAGGCACAACGCCUCCCUUCAUUGCCAAAGCUUGUUGUGCUUUGUUGCUUGCUGCUGCAUGGAGAUGUGUGGGCAAACAUUUGAAGAACUGAAGUGCACCGUGAGGAACAGGGCUUUUGUCAUCUUGGGACACCCUGGGAAGGUGCAGUGUAUGAUUGAGGCAUAGCAGCACUGCCUCUCUUGGAAGCUGCAUGCAGUUUUUUCCAUAGCAGUGCUGUUUGCCAUCACCAAUUAAUGCAGUGUAGGUUAUGAUACUCAAAACUGGAGAAAGACCCCCAGCUCCCCCACAGCAGCCGUGGUGCUCAGCACAGCUCAGCUCUGCAGCACUUCACAUGUUGUAAAGGAAAAGAAGCCAUGAAAAUGCUAUCUGCAUAAACAUUGCAACUUUUAUUGUUCUUUUCACAGUUUUGGGAGAAACAUUUCUAAAUUAUACAGUUAUUCUCUCAAGAAUUUGUGCCUUUUUUCCAAUCUGACAGUGAGUCUUGUUUUGCUCAUUUUGCUAAGAUCAAAGAGAGAGUGGUGUUUGCUAUUUUCUGUGCGUGAAGGUAGUCGUGCACUGUCAUCAAGACAUUCUCAGAUAAACUCAGCCAACCAGUUUUCUCUCUCCCUCUAUGGCCUUUCACACUCUGCUAGCAAUUUAGUAAGUUUUGAAUCUCUUUUUGCAUCUAUCCCAAUUAUCCAGCUUCUCUCUCAACGUGCAAAUAUCCAAAUUGCAUCAAAAAUGCCCGUCUCACAGCUGAGACAUACAGAAAUACAAUCACUGCCAGGGAUAAUUCAAAACAAGGUGACCUUUGUCAGUUUUUCACCCUGGGACUGCACUGGGAGCACAGGUGCAGCUCUCAUUCUCUGAGCACAGAGAUGUUCAUCGUGUUACUGUUUUUCUCAGUAGUGAUUUUAGGUAUAUUUUCACCGGUGAUUUGGAAGCACUGAAUUGUAUCAGAUCCCUGCAGAAGCCUCCUGUGAGCAUCCCUGUUUCACUGCGGUUCUCUUGCAAGGACCACUUCUGAAAUGUGCCAUUUUCACAGAACGCCAGGCUUUGCUGGGGGUCCAGCUGCACCCAACCCACAUUAAUCCCAAAGAAAAAAGAGAAAUAAAGACAGGAUGAAAUAAGUGACUUACACAAUGCUCCUCUGUUAGUGUUCAUCUCCUUUUUCAUCCCUUUCCCAGGGCUGACCAGCUAAGCAAGCACAUACCUGGUCACCCCAUGCUGUAUGCCUCACUCAUCAGCAGAGAUGGCUUCAGACAUCUCCCUUAAAAGUACUGACAGAAGUUUUAUAGGCUGAAUUUGAAGAUGUUAACUUUGGAUGUUAAGCACUGCUAAUGAAUGACAUCAGCUCUGCAGUUCUCCUAGCUCAUCACCAGCAGUUUCACCACCUGCAUCCAGAAACAACCCUUAUCUCCUGCCAAGAUUUCCUCGGUACCUCAGCUCUUCACCCCCCUCCUCCCCCCAAGCACUGGAGCCCAUACAUUUUUCUUUUCCUUUGGCUAUUGCUUUCCUUAUUAAUUUUCUACACUUCAUAACUCUUACCCUUCGUGUUGACUGCUGUCAGUUUCCCUUUUUCUUGUUUUAUAUUACAUCUAUUUUCCCCCUCAUUCAUCACUGAAAUAGGAUGGGCUUUUUGCCAAAGUUGUUCUCUUCCUUAAUUGCCAAACUGUUGAGGUUGGGCCAUUUCCUACCUUUCUCAUAGCAAACUGCCAGUUCUAAUUCUGCUUGCCAUCUAAUUUCUUCUUCACCAGCAGAUUUAAUGCUGAAUUUGCUGAGCUGUGCCCUUUGGAAGCACCACGUAGGUUCCCCAGCAGCUUGCAGGCCCUGGCCUGAAUGCAGGGGGGAUCCCCCCCAGGGAGCACCAACUCCUUGUGCUCCGAUUCCUUUCUCCUCAGCCAGCACAACCAGGACAAAAGCAAAUACCUUCAUGCCUAACACUGUAUAAAGUCAAGGACGUAACAAGCAUCCGACUACUGAACUCUGUUCAGCUCUGAAGCACACACGUGCCUUCCUGCUGUAGCUGUGAAGAAAAAGCAAGCUGAGGGCUGUUUGUACCAGCUGGAAGCCAGUGACACAACCACACGUGUCUCCAAAGCCUUGCUCUGAACUUCUAACAUAGUUAAAAUGAUGAAAAGUAUUACCUCCAAAAACAGAAGAAAAAAAAAAGCAGCACACUUCAAGCAUUCUGCAUACACUCAGUUGCUUCCUGCACUGCAUCUGAGCAUAAGUCUCACACAUCCAGCCCCAUCAUUACUCAGAUGCACGGCCUGUGAUGCUCUGCUCCUGGGGCAGCACACUGAUGUACAGCUGCCAACUCAGCCUUGGUCGGAUCUGUUCAGCAGUUCCAUUAGCAGGAACAAACUUCUUGCACUGAUCCAUCCUUUGCCCGUGUUUAAAAUGCCUCACCAUGUUUUCUAAUUUGCCCCCAAAACUGAGACAAAGCAGAAAGUUUUAAAACACUUCUGGAUAAAUCAUUACGAUCUGGUAACUGAUCCACACUGAAUCUAAAAGCCUCGUAUUGACUAUGAGCACACUGCACUGAGGCAGCAGGGGACAGAAAGGAGAUGGCUGACUGCACCCGGACACCAGGAGCAAACUGAUCAGCACGGCAGUGAAACACAGCAGCUGCUGCUCCACCUGCAGCCCCACAGCACACAGCAGUCGGCCCUGACGUACGGGUGGGUUCCGUGUUGUGCCACAUUGAUUCAGGUGACGCUUCAAAAACCACAUUAUACAGAUCUUAAGAGGACUUAAGCUGAUGCAGAGCCAGGCUGUGCUGUUGCUGGACACCCCCUGGUCAGCCACAGCCCAGUGCUGCAGUGGGCAUCAGAGCCACCUCUCACCCCCUCCAAGCAGCCAAACCCGCAGCUCAGCUCUGUCAUCUCCCAGCUCCUGACUUUGUACGGCCUUAAUAAAGUCCUUCUGAAAGUAGCUGUGUAUGGAUAAUUACACGUGGGAGUUGUGCCAACCCAAACAUGAGGGAGUUCAGAAGGCUCUUCUGGUCUUGCAAGUUUCUCCAUUGAAGAAAAAAAAAAUUGAUUAAAAAAAAGAAAGUAUGGCAAAACUGGGGACAGCACUUCCCUGCAGGCUGCUCCUCAGCUCUUUGUAGGCACUUCAGAAGCUUGAAAAAAAGUCACAGAAUUAGGAACUUAUUAAAUGAGAAUGAAGUGUACCAAUGGAGAAAUAUAAACCAAAAAGCCAGAUGUAUGAUGUCAACUUGUAAUACACAGGUUCAAUUAAUCCCUUAAUUCAUUUGUUUUCCUAUCUUCUUUUGCUUUGCCAUCUGGAAAAGGCCCUUCUCCAAUGACACAUUAUAGGAGAAAGAUCCAAGGUUCAAAAUCUGCUUCAGGGGAAUGCAGCCUUGUUUCUUUACUCACAGACUGGAGAGAUUCAUGCAGAUGCUUCAGGACAAACCUGGGCCUGGACCAGGGGGAAAACAUCUCUGUGGGAGCUUAGGACAGUUGUCAAACUUGUGCUCUCCAAGGUAAAAAUGUGAAAGCAGUUCUGUAAAAGGAAAUGAAGCCAUGGGAACAGCAGAGCCAAUGAUAGGUAUAAUGAAGUAAAAAUGCAUAUCAGAAUGUUUCAUGAAAGAGGCUUCUGAACAGCUCUCACUUGUGUUGUUUCAAUGAAAAGCCUACAUUUAUCCAGUAAAAAAAAAUAAACUAAAAAAAAAUCGAUUGAUAAAACAAAUUUUACAGAUAAGCAGAUUUGAGUAGCAGAAACACAACUUUGUCCUUGGAAGCUCAGCCAAACAAGAGGCAGCAGUGCAACGCUGUGUCCCUUCAGCACUGACAGCCAUCAGCGAAGUGAUUCAGAGCACGAGGCAGUGGGGGUAACACAGAAAUCGCUGGCGGAUGUGGGCAAAGGAUCUGCACUGCCCUGCUUGAACAACAAACCCCUGUUUGUCUAACUGCCUCUGAUGGCUCACAGCAGCACUGCAGCCCAUUGUCAGCUCUUAAUGGAGCGAACCUGCAGAAGAUUUCAGCCCGCAGGAGCAGGCAGCCUCGCUCAGUAGUCACUUUUCUUUCAGAAAUGCCCACACACUGAUCUAUGUAUUUCCUCAUCAGUAAAUCAGACUUGUAGAAAUGCUAGAAAUUACAAAGAAGAGUAACAUCCAGGUAUGGCAUGUAACUAAUCCCAGUCCUAUUUCUGAAUAAUAACAACACACAAAGAAACCCUGCACACACAGAUGUGCACACUGCAGCUCACCACCUGUCCUUUUUCAACCUGCUCACUUGAGGAUCUGAGCAAUGGGUGCUGACCCGUUUGCAAACAGAACUGAAAAGCAACUCUGAGCUGCUUCAUGCUGCUCAUGGUACUGCUGCACAGCACACAAGAUCCAGAGGGCUGCUCCUAUGUGCUCAUCCACUGCAAACAGCAGGCUCUUUGGUUGUGCUUUUCCUCAGUUGCUUUAGAUAGAAAACAGAAUGUGAGAUAUGACAUGAUGGGACAUAAUGUAAAGCAAAGUAAGGACAGCGUGAAGAGCUCAGAAUUCCACAGGUCACUACUGCACCCAUGAAUGAAGGAGGUGUUCCAAUCAAACGAUGAAAACAACACUUCUGAUGACACAGAGCUUCUUGCAUUUGGUGAGUGCAGUGUCAAACACCAUGACAUUAGAGAUCCCUUUUGUACCACAUCACCAUGUAAGUAUACUGACUGCUAAGUCAAGGUUAUAAUAAGAAUUGCAAGUUCACAAGUGCAGCAACUAGAAACCCUUUAUGGUUUAUUGGUGAGAAGAAAGUCUAGCAAUUUGUAAAGUGAAUUUCCAGCUUUAUCCCACUAACAGCAUUUCAGCAGAAAAGAAGUAACACUGAAUACCAUCACCAAGCCAUUACAAUCCUAUAUUUUUAGAAAAUUACAUUAUGAUACAUCAGUCCCUCUCAGCAUUACAUAUGUAGUAUUAACUUAACUGGGCCCUCGGCUACUUGACAAGAACCAGCACUGGGUGCCUGGCCUGCACACACCACUGCUGUGCAUUCACACCGCUCAGCUGCAGCGCACAGGGACGGCAUCGCUCACACACGGAACGGUGCUGUAAGAUGGGAGCAGCCAAGUGAAAAGAGCAGAAAUGGUUUUCUCAUUCACUCCUCAGCACGCUUCGGCUCUGAGAUGUUUUAGAACUGUUUGCAGAGGCGCCCAAAUUGCGCAGACAGCAGUGCCAGAGCUCCACAAGGAGAGCACGGCCAAAGCAGCCUCUGCUGGCUCUUAGAAAAACUAACAGUAAACGUAUCUGAACAGAGCAGUAAGGACAGUAAGUAAUAACUUGCUUUCUACUACCGUGUAUCAACUACAGUUUCCUAGCAGCUGCUGCUGUGGGAGGACACCAGAUGAUAGUGUUAUCCAUGAGCUCUACACUUCAUGCCUAAGAUACACAACGCCCUCCAGAAUAUCCACCCCCUGUAACACCAAACAAAAGCUCUCCCAGCAGCAGCAUCUAAAGGACGGUUUAUAAAAGCUGGAUUAUUUUUGCAGCAUUUCCACAGAAUGGCCUUUAGGAACUGCAAGAAAAAAUACCUUCACUGUUCUUUCUGUUGCAUAUGAAAGAAGGGUCUGGCUAAAGGGCAGGUAACAAGGAUUCUACUCAGCAGUCAUUUAAGUCCAGCAAAAGCAAAGCUACUGUCUAGGUUGUCAUCAAAAACUGUUAGGAAAGACCUCGAUUAUUACUUGUUAAAGCUGCCAAAGAUACAAAGUUAAUUUAAGAGUCCUGAUUAGGGCUGGAGGUGUGGGUCUGCCCCUCCUGCAGACUGCAGCUUUAUGGGUACAUCCUCAGCUUGCUCAGUCCUGCACAUCUCUCACCGUGCCUUUGUAAGGCAUAGAGCAGCACACAGAACUCUUCUUUGUGGGACUUCUUUAUAAACCUGAGUGCAAACCACAAAGACAAACUUGCUCACAAUGACUGGAAGUUCCAAACCAUCAGCGUGGGUGUGGAACAGUGCAAGGAGGAUGGACGUUCUGUGGUUCUGUGACUUUCUGCUUCAUUCAAAGCUGCUGUGCCAGCAGUGAUUGCCAGCCAUAUGGAACAGCUGCCUGGAGUGCUCUAACAGACACACUCACAAGAGAUGAUCAGCGUAAAGCUUUGAUUCUCUGCCCUGAAAAGGUUGGUUUUUUGUUGUUUUUUUUUUAAUACUUUUUGAGGCUGUUUUUUAGGGCUCUCAAAGCUAAUGCUAUAUACUGUGAAGCAAAUUAGGAUUUCAGCUCCUCCAAUAACAUUUCUAGUGAAAACAAGGUAUACACAGCCUCUUAAAGACACCGGGUAACUCAGCCUCCCUUCAGUGAAGAAAUUUCUCAAACACAUUCUUUAAAGCCAACAAUUACCUUUUUUCCCAUUAUUUACAACUCAUGUUUCUGAAAAGGCCCUCUCAACUGCUUCUGCACAAGUCUGCACUCCUCUGCUCCUCUGUCUCAUCCCUCAGCCCACUCUGUCACACUGACCUCUGUGCUCUGCUCUCCUGGCACAGCGCUGCAGCCACACUUCAGCUCUUUGUCCUUCCAUCCUAAGCAGACAAGCAGGCAGUAACAUUUUGAAGUAACAACCCUCUCCUUUCUGUCGCUACUUCCAGAGCUGUGCUCCUAAGGAGAAAACACCAAACAGUUUUUCAUCCCCCCAAAGCCAUUUUCUUGUUAAAUCUCACAUGAAGUUUCACUUUUUUGCACUUGAGAAACAAAUGGAACAAAUACCAAAGGCAAUGAUGGAGAAGAGCACAGCAGACAGCAGCUGCCCAAACACCCUUCCCAAGGAAACCCAGGAGCAAAAAAGGAAUGGAAGAAGCCACGUUCUGAAGAUGUUUCUUAACUUUGAAUGGUGCUACAAAAACUUUGUCAGCAAUUGUUUCUGGGCACAGGAUCUAACAUUAUACAGGGGCUCACUUGCUCAGAAGCUACUUCAUCUCCUGAGGCCCAACACGUUACAGCACAUGGAGUUUCUGAGUUUUGUAAGAAAAUAAACAAAAUUACCUUUGCUUCACGUUCAAUAUGUUAGUAAGCAUCUUAACCAACGGAUCCAACUAAACUGAGAAAAGUGAAGUUCUGCAGCACCUCAGCAUCAGCACGGCUCCUGUGAACAACACACAGCACCCUGGUAAAGGACGCUCAGAGUGGGGCUGCUCACAACGAUUUUAAAAUGAGGCAGGACAAAGUCUUCCUGAAACACGGCUACUGGUUUCCUUAUGCUAGAAACAAGCUAAGUUGACAGAUAAUGCUGCUCCCUCCCCGCCAAAACUAUCAGAGCAUGACAACAGUAACAAAAGAAACAUUAAUUUGGGGGCUUUAUUUAAUUUCUUUUUUUCUUCUUUUUUUUUUUUUUUUUUUUUUUUCUUUUUUUUAGAUGCUACAUCAUCAAACAGGAUUGGUCUUUUUACGGCAUAGGACUAGUUUACUACUAAUAUUUUUUCCCCUAGAUAGACUUAUUUACAUACAAAAACAGUUUCCUGACCACUGUUUUCCCAAUGCUCAGAUGAUCAAAACUCCCAACAAUUGCGUAGUGCCCAAAACUACAGGAGGCAGAAGAAUCUUGCAUCACUACAGCAGCAGAUUUUUAGUUCUAGUCACUGGCUUUAGAACAGGUGCCUUUUCAUACCAUAAAGCAUUAGUCAAUUUCGUGACAGGAAGGAAACAUGAGAUGAAAUACAUUAAAUAAGUUAAAUAUGCAUUAAACAUCUCUGAAUAACAUUUUAAUUCAACUAAAUGAACCAAUAGCAAUGCAGCUUGGUCCCUCCAUAAGAACAAGGCAUUGACUUCUACUCCCAACUAGCGCCACACCAGUCCAUACACGCCUCUUCAUGAUGCCUGGCACAUUCAGCACUGCCACAUACAACUCUUUCCAGCUUCUCACUAUUCAUUUAAGUGUCAAGAAAUUGGUAACUUGCACAGAGUUGAAGACACUGACAGAAAAACUGUUAAAUUUAUGAGCAGAAUGGUGGAUUAACAUAUUUUACAGAAGUUAUCAACACCUCCUGCCUAACCCAGCUCCAAACAUCCAAUAGGGCCAGCUCCAGCAGUGGAAGAAUCUUUUGUUUUUUCUAUUUUUCUUUUUUUUUUUUUUUUUCCUUUUUUUUUUUUUAAAAAGAGGUCAUCCAGCAACAUGUACCAGGGACUAAGAAUGUUUAAAAUGACAUAUACAAUAUUCCAUUGUAGUGUUAAAUCAUGAUUUUCUUCCCCCUUCAUCACUGAAGAAUAUUCUUUCAUUCAUUCCCUCAUUGUACAUUUUAAACUUUCUAGAUUAUGUUACAUAAUAUUUGUGCAGGGGUAAUUUAAAGGCAAGACCUGUGAGAUGUCAUACAUUAAUUUUUUUUUU